CAUCAUCGCCAGCAGCACCAUCAACAUCAGCACCACCAGCAGCAACAUCAGCACCACCAGCAGCAGCAUCAUCAGCAGGUGGUAGCGGUGCAGGAUUCGCUGCUCUCCAUCGCUCGGCAUGGAAGGGGGGGUUCUCCUUCUGGCGGUGCUGCUGGCGCUGCUGCUGCUGCUGGCGGUGUUGGUGGCCGUGGUUCGUGGCGGGUCCCGAGUGGCCGUGGGCCCCGGGGCCCUCCCCGUGUGCGUGCUCGUGCUGGGGGACGUGGGCCGGAGCCCCCGCAUGACCUACCACGCGCUCUCCCUAGCAGACCACGGGUUCCAGGUUCGACUCCUCGGCUACAGAGGAGCCAAGCCUGCCCAGCAUCUCCUGGAGAAUGAGCGAAUCAGCAUUGUCUACCUGCCCGAGAGGACGGGUUCCCCAGUUGGACCCCGCCUGCUGCGCUACGUCAGCAAGGUCCUGCUGCAGGCCGUGCAGCUGGCGUGCACCCUGCUGCUGCACGAACCACGCCCCCAGUGGCUCCUGCUGCAGAAUCCCCCGGGGCUGCCGGCCAUGGCGGUGUCGUGGUUCUGCUGCCGCGUGCGUGGUGCCCGCCUUGCCGUCGACUGGCACAACUACGGCUAUACCAUCAUGGGGCAGCAUGGGGGGGAGCACCCCCUCGUGCGGGUGGCGAGAUGGUACGAGGGCCGUGCGGGGCGGCUGGCCGAUGCGCACCUCUGCGUGACCUCCGCAAUGCGGCACGACUUGGAGAAGACGUGGGGCGUACGGGCGGUGGUGCUGCACGACCGCCCUGCGGAGGCCUUCCGGGAGACGGCGCUGCACGAGCAGCACGAGCUGCUCGCCCGCCUGGGCCUGCAGCACGCCGCCUUCGCAGCCUCCUCACAGAUCCGGAGUGAGCCUGGCGUGGAGCAGACUGCACUCACCGAACGCAGCGUGGCCGGCACGCGGCGCCUCCCUGACGGCCCGGCGCUCCUCGUUAGCAGCACCAGCUGGACCGAGGAUGAAGAUUUCUCCAUCCUGCUCGAGGCGCUGGAAGAGUACGACCGCAGGAAGUCGGAAGGGACACCCCUCCCCGCCCUGCUCUGUGUCAUCACAGGCCGCGGGCCGCUGAAGAGCCGCUACGAGGCUGAGAUGGCGUCUCUCCACCUGCGCCACGUCUCGUUCUGCACGCCCUGGCUCCAGGCCGAGGACUACCCCCGGCUGCUCGGGGCGGCCGACCUCGGGGUGUGCCUGCACAAGUCUUCGAGUGGGCUGGACCUGCCCAUGAAGGUGGUGGACAUGUUUGGCUGCUGCCUGCCCGUCUGUGCCGUCUCCUUCCCAUGCCUGCACGAGCUGGUGCGGCACGGGGAGAACGGACUCGUCUUCUCAGACUCGCGGGAACUCGCCCAGCAGCUGGAGAUGCUGUUGGCCGGGCCUGCCGAUCAACGGCACCAGCUGGCUCGUUUCCGCGCCCGCCUGCGCGUCUGGCAGCAGCAGCGGUGGCGCGAGAACUGGACGCGGGUGGUCCUGCCCGUGCUGCUGGUGCCGUGAUGUCCGGUGCUGCAAUGGCAGCGUUCCGACUGCGCUAGGUUCCGGCUACGCCGCGUUCGGGAACACCCCUGCCGUCGCCUGCCAAAGUCCAGCACAAGCCCCUCCAUCGCAUCGUCUCUCCGUCGCACCGACGAGUUUAUCCCAGGGGUGCUGCGGGACGACUGGCAUGCAAAGAGAGGCUCACGUCGUGGUUUCAAGAAGCGGAGAAGUUGGAUUGGGUCCACUGGUGAUGUCCAAUGGACCAAUGACAACUGACGGAGCAGCGAGCGUUCAAUGGAACUGGCAAAGUUGGGGGGGUCCCGUGACGGCAGUAGGAUUGUGCCGAAUGGCCGGGUGUUUUAUCAGGAUGCACAACUCUGAUCCUGCACAGUGGCGAUGGGGGACCCGUUGGUGCCGAGUCACGUCUACACCUGCGGGCCGGUUCCUCUUCCGUUCUUCGUGGUACAUCAGGUCUUGACCGUUAAUGCGUAAAUACAUGUUAGUUUACGGUUGCCAAUAUUGUGUGUUCCUGCACUAAAUGGGUUCGGGUUAUAAAGGAGAGGCUCAUACCUCCAAACAGCCAGCAGCAAGCAAUCCACGAUCGCUGACCCGGCCACACGACGUUGAAACCCGCCCAAGACUUACCGCUUAAAAAGCAAAUGCCGAUGGAAUAUUGGUGCUCAAUGAUGGACUUCAUUGUGGUGGAACCGCCCCAUGUUAUUAUUUAUAAAUACUGUACAGUAGCCAUGAUGUUGUUACACUAUUGUAAAAUACAGCAGAAUGUGAACCUUGGA